GUCUUUGCUGUGGCCGGCGCGUCGGCGCUCGCUCUGGGAGUGGCCUUAUACCUUUGGGUGCGCCAACGUGGGCGCAAGCUCGCCAAGCAGUCCCUGAACUUGGCCGCGGUGGCGGAGCAACUCCAAAAUGCCGGGCCAGAGGAGGUAGCGGACAUGAAGGAUGCCGCUGCCGAAUUGUUUCAGGAAGCGACUGCCUGGGUCAACCAGAAGGGCGAGGAUUUGCCCACCGAAGCCUGCCUGGAGCUCUAUGCGCUCUUCAAGCAAGCCACCAAAGGCGACUGCUCGGGAAGCCGGCCCUUUGGUUUGGAGGCCGGCGCCAAGUGGGAUGCCUGGAGCCAAGUCAGAGGUUGCCCGGCAGAGGUUGCCAUGAUCUCGUAUGCGCGAGUUCUGGAAACCUACGCGCCCAACUGGCAGUCUGGAGGAGAAGUGCUAGAGGAGGAGGAGGAGGGAGGCAAACCCGACGGGGUUUCUAUGGGGCCGACCGUGAGCACCAUGGGCUGCAUCGGCGCUGGGAAUCCGAAUGAUACGGAUGAAACUCCGGCUGGGCAGCUGUGUGAGAAGAUCGCCAAUGGGGACUUCGAGGAGGCGUGCGCUUUGCUGCGCAAGAACGCGCGGCUGGCAACGCAGGCCGACAAAGAUGGAAUGCUACCGCUACACUGGGCGGCAGACAGAGGAGAGAUGGAGAUGGUGCAAUUUCUCAUGGACAUUCCGGAGGCGGUUGCUGUCAUCAACGCGCAGGACCCUUCUGGUGACACGGCUGAGUGGCCUAGGCUACACUACGCGGCCGUGCCCUCGGCGAGUGAAGGAAUUGCGCGCCAGGAGUGA